CCUCGUGUGCUUCCGCCGCACAACCGUCCGACGACGAUUCCUCCGCGAUGGCAACGCAGCGACCGAAGCGAAGCGAGGUCACCGAAAUCAACCUUAACGACGACGAGGCAGAAGUCGCCCCAUUGGCACCGAACGGAACGUCGUCUGCAACUGCGGCGUCCCGGCGUCCAAAGGGUAGCGCCCUCGGCGACAUCGUGACCAAGUUCAUGUGCGUCGUGUUCCUCGUUGUGGCAUGUCUUGGCUUGCAUGAAGUGCGCUUCUGGCACGUGUUGCUAUAUUCUUCGCACGCGAACCGACCGCUCGUGAACCUGGGCAUCUUCUUCUCCACGGCAGUCGUCCUCCUUGGAUCUUACUUGGAGUAUUACCGAGCACUGUACCUUGGAGAGACCCUCGAAUACAAGAAAGCUCAAUCCACCACUCACGCCAUUCUAGCGUCCAUAGUGCUUGCUGGUAUAAGCUUCUCGAUCGGUCUGUGGCCCGUGUGGCACUGGAUGACACUUCCAAUCCUGUUCAUGUGGUUUUGGGGCUUGAUCGUGCCGCUCGUCGUGCUUCUUCCACCCACGGCUCAAAAGGUCGUGUUUGCCGGCAUCUACCUCUACUUUAUGCACUCGUACUUGUCGACAUUUAUGAUGUAAUUCCAAGUACUUCACUCUUCGUGCCACGAACGAAGUCUGCUGCA